AUGGGCCUUAAACGUAAAGCGUCUGCCCUCGAAGACUUCGACACAACGUCUCACCUUGAACCGUACUUAAUUGGCCCGGCGACACCCUCCUUGACAGGCCUCUCGUCCCCAUCAUCUGCAAGCACGACGCGGUCCACCGCCGAGGACGCGCACCCUCAUCAUCCUUACAAUUUCUGGAGAGUCGACAGUGUGCCCUACCUCAAUUGCCGAACACGCAAGAGACACCGUGAUGGCAGGCCGGACGAGGAGGCGAUCCACGAGAACACGUUGAAGAAAUUAUACACCGCGCAGAGGCUGCAUUUGGACGAGGCGAUGCCGACCCCGGAGGAGACGAUAUUGCUUGUUGAGCACGGUGACUACGACUACGCCGACGAAGACGCCGAUAUGGUUGAUGACGGGCCGGGCGUGGUCGACCUUCCACGGACUGUGCAACGGAACCAGAGGACAAUCGACGCCUUCUUUGGCCGGAGGGAUGACGGUUCGACCAUCUCUCCAGGCCAAGGGCGAUCUCAGACAUUCAUAUCUACACCCACUAUUGAUCUCCGCUUCGCAAAUGCCUCCAGAGAGCCGGGGCAACCCCAGUACGAGAACCAGACCUCGAACCUGGAACAAUCGUGCGACAGUCAGGUAUACCUGGACGUUUGUAUGGAUUUGAUGAGCCAGACGAGAAAAUCUACACGGUACCUAGAUCUAGGGACGGUCUACCAAUGUUAA